AAGGGGCUAUUCUAUUGUCCAGACUACAUACUCCAGUAGACAAAGCAAGAAACUUUUGAAGAUUCCCUGGUAGACUGUCCAUAUCCACUGCUGUAGAGACGACAAUGCUGAACCUGACUGCUUCAGCUGCCUAUGAUUUGCUGGUGGCCGGUGUCCAGAACUGGGAUCUGACCGGUGAUGCUGUUCCCUGUGAGCUGCUGCUCAUCGGCGAAUCUGCCUUCCCAGUGCUGGUGAACCCCCGACAUCAGGUCCUGAUCGCCGCCUCUCACUAUGGGAAGGGCCGGAUGGUGGUCAUCUCUCACGAGAGCUACCUGGGCAGUCCCAAGAUGGCUCGGUUCCUACACAAUGCUGUGGUUUGGCUCAGUUCCUCCCCAGGAGCGGUGGUUGGUGUCCAGGAGAGUUUGGGCUCCCUGCUGGACAUCCUCACUAGUUCUGGCAUCCAAGUGCAGCCCAGUGCCCAGCUCACUGCCUCAUUUGGGGUCUACUGUAUGGAUGCCUAUAGAGCGGCACAGGAGAAAGAGCUAAUCCAAUUUGUGAAGAGAGGUGGGGGACUGCUCAUUGGAGGUCAGGCUUGGCACUGGGCCUAUAGUCACAGUGCAGACAGAGUGCUCUUCGAUUUCCCUGGGAACCACAUAACCAGUGUAGCUGGUGUGUAUUUCACGGAUAAAUAUGGUGAGGGAGGGAUCUUCAGCGUCUCAGAUGAAGUUCCUCCAUUUCCCUUGAACAGCUUGCAUCGGCUGGAUUUCAGAAGAGACUUAAACCUUGUCCUAAGAGGUGUGUCAGAGCUAGACAUAGUGACCGAUGGUGUCCCCUCUCACCUAUUGGUCCAUGGUACAGUGGCCUUCCCUCUGGGCUUGGAUGAUGCUUAUCAGUGCUUUCUGGCAGCAGCCCACUAUGGCCGGGGACGUGUGGUGGUGGCUGCACAUGAGCUCUUUCUUAGCACCACAAAGCUCACAGACUUCAUUCUCAAUGCCAUUCACUGGCUGGGUGCUGAGAAGGAAGGCAGAAUUGGCAUCAAUCCCAAUCUGAAGAACCUUCGUGAGCUGCUGAUUCAAAGUCAGGUGGAGUGCGAGAUAUCAGAGCUUACUGACCGUCUCAACAUCUACUGCUGCCAGUCCUACCGUGAUGAUGAGGCCCAAAAAAUCCAUGAGUUUGUGGCAGAAGGAGGAGGGCUGCUGAUUGGAGGUCAGGCUUGGUGGUGGGCUUCUCAGAAUAAUGGCAAAAAUGUUCUGUCUGAAUAUCCUGGUAACAGGAUCCUCAAUAAGUUUGGGAUCAGUAUCCUGGGGGAAAGCAUGAAGGCAGACAAGUACCCAGCGCUACGACCUGAAGAGCAGAGGGGACAUUACCACUUUCUCAGGGCACUCUCUCAGUUCCAGCAGCAUCUAGACAAGAAGGAGGAUCUCCAGCCUCCUGUGACAGGCUGGCUUCAGAAACUGUGCCAGGACUGUGCCAAAGCCCUUCAGAUCCCAGUCGAAAACGGACACAUCUAUGCCUCAUUGUACCACAUCCUGUACGAGAUGGUGCAGAGCAAUGGGAUCCCAUCAGUGAGCCUGGAACACCCAGUCAAGGGGAACUCCAAGGAGGCUCUGCUGCUUCACGUGGCUACUGCACUGUCCCAAACAAAGACGGACUGUGCGAAACUAGUGCUCUGUGACCUCCCCACAGUCCCUAGCACCACUGUGGAAAUCAAUGGCACAAACCCAGGUGAUGCUGCAUGGAGAAGUACAGGACUUUAUCUGCCACGUGGGAACACAGUGACCUUUCUAUUUCCUAGCACUGUUAUUGGAGCUGGCCUACAGGUGCAGAUUGGGUGUCACUCGGAUAACCUCAGCCGUGCAGAGCAGCUGAAACGCUCCCCGGUGGUGAUACACAGAUGUGACAUCAGAGAUAAGAAAAUGUCAGUCUCCACUCUCUGGGGGGGCCUAAUUUACAUCAUAGUGCCAAAGGGAAGCCAGCUGGGGGAAGUGUCUAUCACUGUGAAAGGAGCUGUGCAGGCUCCUUUCUUCAGAUUUGGAAAGACAUCUAGCAGCGAGUGGCUGACCAGCAUUCGCCACUAUCCAGCUCCCUGGGCAGAACUAGCAACUCAGAACAUCAUCCUGACAGUGCCUGCAGAUAACAUCCGUCCCAUAGAAGAUCCAGAGACUUUGCUGAACCUCUGGAAGCAGAUUAUGGCAGCAGUGGCUGAGCUGGCAGCUAUUCCAACCAAGUUCCCCAGGCCGGAAAGGAUUGUAGCAGAUGUUCAGAUCUCAGCUGGUUGGAUGCAUUCUGGCUACCCAGUCAUGUGCCAUUUGGAGUCAGUGAAGGAGCUGGUGGACAUGGAACACAUACAAGCAAAUGGAAUGUGGGGUCCCAUCCAUGAGCUGGGACACAACCAGCAGCAGGCAGGCUGGGGAUUCCCUCCUCAUACGACUGAGGCCACCUGCAAUCUGUGGUCGGUCUAUGUGCAUGAGAAGGUGCUGGGGAUCCCUAGAGAGAGAGCCCAUGGAAGCCUACAGCUACAGCAACGCAAGAAGACAAUCAGCGAUUACCUUGAGAAAGGAGCCCAGCUAAAGGACUGGGAUGUCUGGACAGCCCUGGAGACCUACCUACAGCUGCAGGAAGCCUUUGGAUGGGAACCCUUCAUCCAACUCUUCUCUGAGUAUCAGACAAUGUCUAACAUCCCCGAAGACAACCCUUCCAAGAUGAACCUGUGGGCAGAGAAGUUCUCUCAGCAGGUGAAAAAGAAUCUGGCCCCUUUCUUUGUGGCUUGGGGCUGGCCCAUCCAGGAAGAAGUCUCUAAGAAGUUGGCAUCUCUGCCCAACUGGGAUAAGAACCCUAUGAAAAAAAUGUGAUGGCAGCUGUAAUUUCUAGACACGAUUCAAAGAGUCAGUUAUCUUUUCUAUAAGGCUAAAUUACAAUGUAGGAGGCAAGGAUAUUAUCUGUUUCAUACUCAUUGGCAUUUUCAGAGUAAUUUUUCUUGUCCAUGAGAAAAAUGUGACCCUGAAUUAUCUGUUCAUUUUUUUGGAACUGCUCCUGCUGGCUUUGUUCACAUGGAACAUCAUCUUACUCUUUGAGAAAUCCCAUUGAUUGUAAUGUGGGGCUACUUAUGGAUAAAGACGACUACUUGUAAGGAACAGAUAACGCCAGAUGAAUCAGGGAAACAAACAAAACAAACCACAGCAUUGGGUAUCCUCCAAGCCUCUAACAUUUUCAUAACAUAUUGUAGUUGUGUAGCUCAGUCACUGUUAUCUAUAAUUUGUCGCGAACCAUUUGGAGAAUAGGGUAAUUUGUCCAUUUCUUUCACUCUCUCAUUUUUUGAUACCCCAGUUUCUCAAAAUGCUUCAUCUCGAUUGUCUGCAUAAAGUAGGUAUCUGCCACAUGCCUUCGGGUGAAAACAAGCAAACAAGCUGAUUAAAAGAAGUUGUUAGGGUUUCCCCCGCAUAUUUCUUCUGGUAGAUAAAUCUCCCAUUUCUUCGCUUUUGGAGACCAUUCCAAAGUGUAAGAAGAGAUGUUUCCUGAUAUCCAGUUCACCUCUGCAUGUUGUGCUCAGUUGCACAUUGAUCAUCUUAACCCAGAAUUAGCGACGUUAACUAGUGGGUAUUUGUAUAAAUGUGUAACCACUGGACAUUUUAGCCAUUACAUGUUUACACGCUUAAAAGCCGGCUCCUGCAAAUAUUGGCUCUUGCCUGCCCCUCCUCCACGCUGCUGCUUCUGAUAGAGGUCGUAGUGCGGGGGGCAUGCCGCUCUGCGGGAGCUGAUAUGUGCGGGGAGCCACCUUGAAAGCCACUUCUCAAGUGUACUAGCCCCUGCCUGCCCCUGCCACCCCGUGCUGCUGCCUUUGUGGGAGGUGAGGGGAAGAUGGCUCUGCAGAAGCCGGAACACAUGGAGAGACAGCUUAAAAGCUGGG